CUAUCAUGAAUUCUACUAUCUUCGGGUGCAACGAAAAUCUUGUCAAAGCUAACUGUACUUUGCAGGAUUGGCAGCAAUACUGUCACAGUUUGACACUCGAUAAGAAUUAUACUGCAGGUGCCAUUUUUGGUACAGAUGCUUCUUUUUGAGCCGACCUCGGCUCAUUCACCUUAAAGGAAGAAUCUCCAAAAGCGGCUCCGAUCGGUGUAUCUUCUAAGCAUACCCGGAAUGAGUUCUCUUUCGACCUGCAGGACUUUGAUUCAUGAGAAGGCUAUGAUCCUCAGAGGAUUUUUGAUUCCCACAACUGUUCAGGAUCUGGCUCAGAUUUUGGAAGGAUAAACGAAGAUGAUAGUACUAAGAUCCAAAAUCCUACCAAGUCCAUUGAGAUGGAUUCUGAGCCAAGCCUUUUAAAGGAACCCAAAACUGACGAUGCUAAGGAGCAUAAAUCAAAGACUAAGAGACAAGUAAGAUGGAGAAAGUCUGACGACAAGCUUUUGUUCAGAGAGCUCAUCUUUAUUACAAGGAAAUUUAGCCUCACUAUGGAGGAAUUCAUCGAAUUUGGCAAAGCUGGAGCUAACCACGUUGCUUGUAAUGAACUAUUUGAGAAGAUCAACUGGAAGGGCUCUAUUACUUCUUUAAUGGACAGGAUCUGAAAGUUAAUCUCAAAUAAGGAGUACCUAUCAUAUAGAGACUUCAAACAGCUAAGAAAACUCUAUUAUCAACAGCUUAGGAGAAAGAAUGUUGACUGGGAUUCUUUACUAUUCGAAUUUCCAGGACGCAGUCUUGAUUACAUCAAGGAGGUCUGCUUUAGCUUCCCUCGUAGAGAAUCUAUCCUUGAGAGAUCAAGUGAAGACUCUUCGUAAAUCAGAUAUAUUAAUUCUACUCCGCGGGCAACUUCAAGCCACUGCUUCCCGCUUGAGACAAGGGGCUUCCAUUGCCUUUU